AUGCAGGAGUUUCAGAACAUCCCUAGCCAGGGAAACCAAGCCACUGUGGUGACAAUAUUGCCAGAGAUCCCACCAGUACGUGACCACGUCCUAUGGUCAAUGUUUAACACCAUGUACAUGAACAUUUUCUGUCUUGGGCUGCUUGCUCUUGUAUUUUCCAUCAAGUCUCGGGAUAGGAAGCAGCUGGGAGAUAGAAGUGGAGCCAUCAGCUACGGAUCUACAGCCCGUUGUAUGAAUAUUGCUGCAACCUCACUCUCCAUCCUCUUUUGUUUAGCCACAUUUAUAAUGGUCAUGAUCUUUAUUUAG